CUUGAAGCUAGGCCAAACGGUUUCAUCGUCGGUGGAACUGACGCUGAAAUCGGCGGAUAUCCUUAUAUGGUGUCUUUGAGAAAUCAGAAUAGCCAUUUCUGCGGCGGAUCUAUCAUCGCUAAACGCUAUGUUCUUACCGCAGCUCAUUGCCUUAUGAGCUUUACUGAUCCCGAUGAUCUCAAAGACGUAACAGUUCAUGCUGGCACGAACUUUUUAAAUGAAACUGGUUAUGUUUACAAUGUUGACAAUGCCAUUAUGCAUCCUAAGUUUAGUCUAUUGUUAAUUCACAACGAUAUUGGCUUACUCCAUUUGAAAACGGAUAUAGUGUACAAUGAUGUGGUACAGCCGAUUUCUGUUGCAUCCACUAAUUCUAUUCUAACUGGCGAUCCUUGUAUCCUGACUGGAUGGGGAACACUGGAGUUUUUAGGCAAAGUGCCUAAUGAACUUCAAAAACUCAACUUAAAAGUUUAUUCGCAAAGGAAAUGCAAAUUAGCAUUCUGGAAUGUACAAUCUGGCCACAUUUGUGCAUUUUCAGAACGUGGGCAAGGAGCAUGCCAUGGUGAUUCUGGUAGUCCCCUUGUUGCCAAUGGUAUUCAAAUCGGUCUCGCCUCAUUUGUUCGACCAUGCGCUGAGGGAUAUCCUGACGUAUACACAAGGGUAUACUCUUUCAACAGUUGGCUGAACGAGCAUGUUUCCGACAUCAACAAUGAAAUAAAACAUGUGCUAUGUGCCACAAUACUUAUCGCUAUGAAUGCUGUCACUGGUUUUAUAAUCGCGUAUAUAGCGCUCAGCGCUCAAAGUUUGCCAAGUGCGUUAUUCCUCAACGGCGUUGACGCUCCGGAUGGCUUAUACCCUUAUCAAGUAUCAUUGAGAGAUAAAUAUGGCGCACAUUUUUGUAGUGGGGCUAUCAUAAAUAAUCGUUAUAUCAUCACUACUGCAGGAUGUAUUGUCAACCACAUCGAUAAUCCGUAUAAUGUUUACGUCGGCAUGGGAAGCAACUACCUCAAUGAAUCUUCUGUAACGAUUCGUGCGGUAGAUAUCAUAGUGCACGCUGGUUACAAUGAAAAAAUAAUUCUUCAUGAUAUUGGUUUAAUUCAAUUAUCAGAAGAUAUCAAGUUCAACGAUUCAAAUAUCCAACCUAUUGCCCUAGCAACCGUCGACCGUGAUUACGACAAUUAUCCUCUCGUAAUUACUGGUUGGGGACAACACGAGAAAUCUACCAGGCUUAUAUCUUAUUCGGCCUUUAAUCAUUUGCAAGAGAUUAUAGUUAAAGAAAUUUCUCGUGAGAGAUGCAGAGAAUUGUUUUUGUACGAAUUUAUCAAGAAAACCCACAUUUGUACUUUUACAAAGUACGUGGAAGGAAUGUGUACCAGUGAACGCGGUAAUCCAGUCGUCGCUGACGGCAUCCUAGUUGGUAUUGUAUCCUACUCGAGAUGUGGUGCUAACUUUCCAGACGUUUCUACCAAAAUAUUUCACUAUAGAACAUGGAUUGAAUACCAUACAGGAAUCUGAUAACGUCACAUUAAAAGCGCCGCUCAAUCGAAUAAUAUUCGUUAAUUUUUUGUGUAUAAAUUUCCUGUUAAUUUUUAGUCCACAUUUAUGCUUAUAUUCAGAAUCCUGCAAUAAAAUAUGCAUACUUUAAAUUAUUAUAUGCAUACUUUGAAUUUUUAUUAUUAAGCAUUAUUUAUUGGCAGAAAUUUUAGAUCUUUCAGCAAAAGUGUUCUUUCUGUGUGACAAUUUGACAAUCCGUAUCACGUAUGAAUAACAGAAACUCGAAGAAUGCAAAUGACUGAAACAUAUAUUGUAUUGUAUACGAAUAUUUCUCAAGUAAAUUAUACAAUGGUUCGUAAUGUUCGAUUAAUCAUUCGCCAUAAUUUGCGGAAAUUUAUAGAUCGCGAGCAGACUCGAAAAAUUUAAAAAAACGUUAUUGUAAGUGAAAUGUAGUUUUUGACACUUCUCAUAAAUUUUGCGACAAAAAUUCUUAUCAAGCUGCAGGGUGAUAAAAGUACAUAAUUUGAACAAAAUAGUAUGUUCUUUCGAGCUCAGAACCGGAAAAAUGAAAAAUUUUUAGAAAACGACUAAACCCUCAUAAAAGUACAAACUUUAAACUUUCAAAUGUUUUUUAAAUUUUUUAUCUAUGAUAAUUUUUUGCCAAGUUACAGCGGUUUGACAAUAUUUUAAUUUUAAGCGCUUGAAUGUUUCGACGCGGCAGAGCAGUGCGGCCGAAUGGCUGACAUUGACAAUAAGCAUUCGCGCGUAUUAAUGGCGUCGCCAACUGCAUAACGUGCAUUAAAGACGCUCUCAAGCAUUUCGCGCUGCUCUUCUGUAUCGAGAUGUUUAGGCACUUAAAAGUUAGCAACUUUCAAACUACUGUAACUUGGUGAAAUAUCAUAGUAGAUAAAA